UUGAACAACAAAUUUGCAUUCAUGAAUUUUUUUCUCGGAUGUACGUGAUAUACGAAAAAUGCAUUUGCGUCCAGUCUGUCAAUAUUAAUCUUACCAAGCGAGAGUAACGUGUCAUUCAUUUGUUUUCUUCUUUGUCAUUAACUUCCUCUUACGAAAGUGAGAUUCUCUAUUUCAAGUCGUGAGUGAUAAAUAAUCGGAUAAACUAGCGAGAGAAAUUUUAGCAAGGGGAACGGGAGUGAACUCAAAAGAAAGCUUCUGAGAUUACAGUGACGAUGAUGAAUAACUCCUCUGAACCAACCGUCUUUGACGAGGAGGAUUUCGAAAUGACAGACAUCGAUGACGUCACAAAGAUUGUCACUACUAGUGCAUACGCGAUCAUCUUCCUGUUUUCAUUCCUGGGAAAUUCGCUCGUCAUCCACAUUGUGCGCACACGUGUGAGCAUCCGUCGCAACCCUUUCAACUGGCUUUUGGUAAACACUGCUGUAGCUGAUCUCUUGAAUGUGACAACUGCCUCUGCCCUCACGGUGCCAGUCAUCUUGUGUGAAAACCGAUGGAUAUCAGGCGUAAUAGGUACGAUCCUGUGCAAGUUGACAGUGUAUAUGUUGCCGGUUUCCAUCUGUGUUUCAAUCUGGAGCCUUGCCAUCAUUGCUAUUGAUCGAUAUCUGGCUAUUGUGUGCGCCAUUUGGAAGAGGAAGAGAGAGCCACUAUCGCACAGGUCAGUGAAAAAGUCCAUCGUUGCCGUGUGGAUAUUCGCAGGCUUGAUAUUUAGUGAGGAGCUUUACAAGUUCACAGUAUACGAGGUGGAGGGGGAAGCCGCUGAAUGCCACGGGCAGUGGCACAAUAUGGAGCCUGAACUUUCGGAUACUCUUUAUCGAGCUGAAAUGAUUGUCAGAGUAGUCAUCACCUAUGCUGUUCCGCUCCUUGUUAUAUCAGUCCUUUACUCACUGAUAGCCAAGUUCCUCUGGACACACAAGCCACCGGGAAAUGCCACAUUGCAGGUGCAUAUCAAGCGAACAAGAAGACACCGUGCGGUUAUUAAGAUGCUGGUCACAGCUGUUGUCGUUUUCGCCAUUUGCUGGCUUCCCGUUCAUAUCGCCCACAUCAUGGAAUAUUUUUACAAUGAUAUUUACGACAUGAUUCCCUUCGGUACCCUGGUAAUGAUGUACUGGCUGGCGCAUGCUAAUGCUGCAAUCCAUCCCUGGUUGUUCAUUUACUUUGGCGAGAAUUUACGAAUGGAGACGAAAGGAAUAUUCCAGCAUCUCAGCAGCAGAAAAACCAACGUUUUGGAACAGUUCAGACAACAAACAUUUUCCCUACCAACGCUGUCUACUGAUCCAGAUACGGUUCGCAGAGCCAACAGAACAAAACGCGAUUCAUUCAUCGCUAUAAACGCCGUUUGACUUUGAUCUGGUUCGUAAACUCUGCUUGAUAAAUUGAGAGCCAUGAUAUAUCACAGAUUCUCCGUUCAUCGUAUCAGUGCUAUGGUUUCUUUCUUCAAAGCUUAGUUGGCACAGCUCAGAUUUUGUUCGUUAAGUAAUCCCAGAUUUAAAUUUUAUCUACUACAUCUGCAUAAAAACUGAAGGUAAUUGGGUCACAAUCUAUUGACCUACCAUGAUUAAAACAUUUAAAAUUUUCUUUAGUAGUACCUGCAUUAGAAAAGGCUUGCAUGAAAUUCGUAGCUAAAAAGCUGGCUUUGGGUUGACCAUAUAUAUGUAUAUGUUCAGAAUUCAUAUUUCUUGAUUUCUGUAAGGUAAAGCGCUACCUUGCUGGUGGGGUAGUCUUUACAUCAAUUAACCACAACAUUUUUUGAUAUCAGGAUAUGCAAUUACUACAUAACUAGAAUAGAUUUUGUUACUAUGUAAAAAAAAUUGAUUAGACAUAUACUCACUUAUGUAGGAUAAAACUGCUCAGUUUUAGAUAAACACUAUAAACUGAUGUUUUAACUAUGCGUCACAAGAAAACUGAGUACAAGAAGCAUCCAUGAUGCUUAGGGUUAAAAAGUAUCUUAAAAGUAUUCAUUAUGACAA